UGUCUCCCCUAGCAACGCGACGCGAUUGUCAGCCGAGAAGCACGCGACAGUGUCAAUCACUCGCGCAUUGUAAACAAGCCAGGAGCUCUCACAAUAUUUUAUUGACUCCAGCAAGUGAAUAACUCGCCAGAUAUCAGAAUGGAGCGGGCAGAAAUCAACCCGCCAUUUCGUAGCAUGGUCCGAGCGAGCGGACUCGGUGAGAUCUGGACCCAUUCCACCGACCAGGUUAAGUUCAACCAGUUUGGGUGGAGAUGCACCACGAAAGAAAACUCGUUUGCAAAUGGGACUUUGAUAGGGAACUGGAACGAAGACAAGUUUGAUAUCAGGAAGGAGCGGCAGGCGAAGAGUUUACCGUCGCAGUACAAUCACUUCUUCGAGUCGACCUACGACUCCAGCUACAAUCCGCAACCGCACGAGGUUCCACGAGAUCUCAAACAUCUUAAAGCCCGACACCCGUAUGCCUUCCCGGGACACCAGCCUGAACUUGACCGACCCGCUCUCAAGGCCACCUACAACAGCUGGGAAACAACAACACGUGCUUCCUAUGUACACCCGAGCAUCCGGGCACAGCCUUUGACGGGACCGGAAACACCAACUGCGCAAACUCAGACAUAAUGUGUACAUCCGAUUGUACUGUUUCUUAUUUACGUUCUGAUUGAUAUUGAUUGUUAACCUGUUGAUGCUGAUGGAAAAACAUAAAAAAUAACCAACCUUGAGUAAAUAAUUUAGAAUUAAUUGAUAUGAUGUAUACUUACUUUGCAAUAUGGUGAUAUUCCUGUCACACAUCAAUCCUUAGAAUAAUAAUAUUUUGUGCUGAUUAAGAGACAAUCACUCGUAAAUCAAAUUACACGGUCAGUGUACAAAACCCGCAUCAUUGAAUACCGUCAGGCCACUCUAUUUUUAUUUUUCGUUUCACGGGUCCGCCACCCCUACGGAAAAGCAGCUGAGAAGAAAUAAUUUAAACAUAAAAAGAUUUAUUUUUAUUUUGUCUCCCGCUAGUAAUAUAGACACUCGUAUACUUUAUAAAAUGUU